AGGACAUGGGCGAGCGAAUCCUGGCCUUGACGAUGCUGAUCCUCCUGUUGCCCUCGUCCCACCGAGACACCCUCCACGCCGUCCUCGAGCUGUGUGCCCGAGUGGUAGCCUUUGAGGACGAGAACAAGAUGACGCUCUACAACAUCGCGAUGAUCGUGGCGCCCAACCUCUUCCUGCCGAGUAACCAGCGCUCGAAGCUCAACCUCAGGAGCGAGGACAAGGAGCAGCAGCUGAAUUAUGAGAUGACCUACGCGAACGUGACGACCCAGCUGACGCAGAUGAUGAUCAAGUACAGGGACGUUCUGUGGACGGUUCCCCAACGGCUUGUGUCGCAGAUCCGCCGUAUAUACCAGGCAGAGGCGUUGAAGCAGAGUAACUACACGCCUAUGAGGAGACUUCUGACCCGCAAGAGCAAGGAGACGAUCCAGCGGCCCAUCGAGAACGAGGUGGACUACCAAGAGGGCGUCCUGAGGGUGUCGGCGCCUCAGUUCAACAAGUGCAAUUACCCAGUAAAGCUCGAUCCCCUGAUGACUGCCAAAGACUUAUUGACAAGAUUCAUCGAGGAGCUGACCGUCCUUCCGGAAAACCCCCGCCGCGUGGAAGGCCGGAGAGAGCAGCAGUACAAGCGAGGGAGUGGAGGCAGUGGGUCCCCACCCUCGACCGCCCCCACGAGCGUCUCCUCGCCCCAGUUCUACGCCUGCCUCCUGACGGGAUCGCUGAAGAAGGCCGUUGAGCAACACGCCCUUCACGAGAGAGGAGGGAACAUAGGCGACCGUCGUCUGGACUCGAAAGCGAAGCUCCUGACCAUAUACCAGGACAACCCCAAUGCAGAGUUCAUCGUCAAAUGCCACCACCACGGAGGGCAAACAGCAAGAAGAAAUUCCUAGAGGAGAGGACGCCUUGCUUAGGUUUCCUCGACGUUAGAUUCCUCGAAAAAAAGAAGGAAGGAGAGGAGAGGAGAGGAUUUUAUGAGUGUUUUUAUUUUCUCUUCUUUAUCUCUCUUGUUUCUUUUUGGAAGUUAAUGACUUGUCCAAAUACUCAUGGAUAUUUUUGGGGCGUGUAUAAGAUAUCCUUAAUCAGUGGGGUAUUGCUAUUUGCGUUCGUCAAGAAGGAAGAGGAGCUCACGAACUUCGGUCUAAUAUAAUCAUCUAGUUUAAGCCCAAGGCAUUGUUUCAAAGUCUCAAAAGAUUGAUACGUGUAUGAUAAGGAAGUGUAAGUCUUUAAAAAAAAUAAUGACGAAUCCUGGGUUAUUCUGUAGCACGCAUUUCCUUCAUGUUCACUUUCCUUUCAUAAUAUUUACCUUUGUAAAUUCCUUGGAUGUUCAUGAAUUUAGUAAAUUCAUGAUCAUUUUCUCCGUAUUUUAACUGAGGUCAACACUGUGUGAUCGAUAUGACCAAACCGUGCUUCAGAAUAAUUAAGAAAACCUAUUAAGAGUUCUGAACGUGAGUUGGAAGAGUGUGCAAGUAAUAAGUAAUGUACAGUGUUAUGUAUGGAAAUAAAAGUAGGUCUUUGUGACUGUAUGCUAUCUCAGGUAAGAGCGCGGACGGCUGAAACGUCACAGUCAUUGUCUUGUAGAGAAAAUGUUGGGUGCCUGAAACAGUUCAUUACCUUUUAGACUGUACUUAAGUGGAAUUAAGUAACAUUGUCUUUAAGUCGUUUUAGAGGAUAUUAACAUGUAAGUAUCAAAUCAAUAAGUACCCUUUUUAUGCUUUAAGAAUAGUAUUUUCACAGAAGGAUUUGCCUUAAUUUCCCCGACUGCUAGUCAGAUUUCUGUAAUGUAAAAUCACUGCAGUUUCUGCAGAUGACUGUAUAUUAACACAAGGAAGAAUUAUACUCACUGGUAGUACUCUUAGAUGUCUUGAAUAUGUGUGGGUUUAUGUGCAUUAUGACAAUGAAUGAAUGUGUAUAUAAUAAUAUUGUCCAAAUGAUUUGAUGUACUUCUGGAUGGAAUGACAUUUUAUUCUAUGAUUUGUUGAUGUACAGUUUAAAGAUUUACAAUGUUGCAGUUAAACAAUAUUCGUGAUUUGCUAUAUUUAUGCUCAACACUGAGAGAAUUUUAUUGUAGCUUGCUUUGCUACAGAAAGAAGAAUACUGUAGUAUAUGUAUACGCACUGUAUAUACAUAUAUAAAUAGUACUGUUAUCUGGCGUUAACCAAUCAUCACAUUGGUUCCAGUGUGAAAAGACAACUGAUACUGUUUUUUAUCUGGAACAGCAGUUGAUAUAUAUUUUUGUUUUAAAUGCGUGUGUGUUGUUAGCGCCUCUUUGAAGAAAGCAUGUAGAUAAUGUACGGGUGAACUGAACGCUACAGCAAAAAGUCAUUCUUAAUAUGAUGAGUCAGAGUCUUCUGUCUGUUUUUGUCAGCAUUUCCACAUGCUUAAACAGUGUUCAGGUAAUUCCAGAAUGCACAUAAGAUUGCAAAAAAAAAAAAAAUUCUGUUUACCCCCUGUGUUCUUUGCAAGCCUGUCUUUAACUGGUCAGUAUGAUAUAAGUUUUUUCUGUCUUUUUUUCCUCCAAUAAUCUUGAUAUUUUGGUUCAUGUGUGAACAAUAGUUGCACUGUCAUGAUACCGUUACAUAUAUAUACCAUCACUCUUAAGACUACUUACCUGCAACUUUUACAAGACGUUAUAAAGAUUGUAAGCCAGGUGUACUAUAAACAAAUAAACAGAUGCCCCCAUGAAGUGAACUUAGGGGAUUUGUAUAUAAAUUUUCACUUAAGUGUAGGUUUGCCUUCAGUUUCUAUCUGCACAUAAGAUUCAAUAUGUAUUUGCAUAUACAGUUUUGAAUAUAUAAUUACCUUGGAGGUUCAUUGCUCAUGCAACAUAUGUUUGUGUUCAAGUAUAAAUUACAUUUAUAUACGUGUUUUAUGAGUGUUGAUUUUCUUGUUUGCAUAUUCUUUGCGCUCAACAAAUAAUUCUUUAAUGUGGUGUGUUUGUUUGUACGUUUUUGUCUGUGUGUGUGUGUUUUUGGUAAUUACUCUGUAUAGCCUUUUUAUAUUAGUAUAUUCUCAUCACAUCCCUGUACAGAUGAACAAAACUCGAAGUGUCCAGUAAUAGGAUGCCUGUCUUUGGCACUUCUGUAAGAAAUGGUUCUCUCUUCUUAUGUCUACUGUAUAUACACAAAACAUUAUACACAUAUUAAGUGAAUAAAUUAUAAGGAAAGAUA